AUGGAAACGACAGGACAGCCAAUCCUGUCAUGGGAAGCCCUUCUACAAGCAGCAGCAAAGGUGGCUGGAGCAGCGCCGUCGGAGCCAAAGGCUCCGUCGAUCAAGGUUUUGUCGCUGCACAGUGGCCCAAGCGGUGGGAAGCAUGAGACUGCCUAUGCCUUGGUUGACUCAGGUGCUACACAUCCACUACGACGAGCCUCUGGAAUUGGGGAGUGGCAAGCUGCAAGUCCGGUUGUGGUUCACUUAGCAGGAGGAGAAGUGGUGGAACUUCGAAUGAACUCGGCGGGCACCUUGUUGGUGCCUAGCUCAGGGAUGACGAGAACAACGUCCACAGCGCCAAUAGUUCCUUUAGGGUCACUGGUUGGAGUGCUGGGAUACCGAAUGGAGUGGCAUGGGUCAAGGUGUCGCCUAACUAGCCGUGAAGGUGAUGUUCUUAACCUACGAGUACGUGAUGGAUGCCCGGAGGUAACGGAGCAGCAAGCCCUCGACCUUAUUGCAAAGAUCGAAGACAAAAAGCUCCAAACUUUGAGAACAUCUACAGAAGCCACAAGAGGAGCUGUGAGGGAAUCAAUGUUGGUGCUGAAUCGAUCAUGGUUCGACCACCUGAUUUCCUAUUGUCGCUCGGGGAUAGGAUCUGAGGCCUUAUCUGCAAUCCAGUCCGCGCCUUUCUUUCAGGAAGUUCCACAGGAAGCACUUCGAGGACUCAGUGAGGCGGAUCCAAUCUCGAAUGGAUGGGAUGCUCUUCGUGGGUUGCAGCACCUCAACAGAAGAACUCGGAAGAAGCUGUGGGCAUCAAAGAACUGGGUGGUUCAUUUGUUUGCAGGGAAGAAGCAGAAUGAGGAGGUUAUGUUUUUGGAGCGACAAGGUUUUGCAGUUCUGGAGCUGGAUAUCGAAAGGGGGAAAUCGCAUGAUAUAUGCAAUCCUCUAGUGUGGAGAGCUAUAGAGUGGGCGGCGCGCAAUGGUCGUAUCUCUACAGUGAUUGGGGGACCCCCGCAAUCAACGUUUAUGCUCCGAAGAUCUAUGAGACCUGGUCCAGAAGCCCUCAGAAGCAAUGAGUUCCCGUAUGGUGGAUGGAAUGGACAGCCGGACAAAGACAGAAGAGUGGUAGAUCGACACACUGGACUCUUUGCCAAGAUGGUUUACCUUCAUGCUUUAGCAACAGCUGGACGAUGUGCUUAUCCAAGCGAGCCGGGCGACUUCAAGGAGGUGGGUUUCAUGUUGGAGCAACCUCGAGAUCCACGGGGUUAUCUUUUGUUUUCAGAUCCACUGGCAGUUGAUGCAGUAAGUUUUUGGCGGACCAGUCUGUGGAUACUGUAUGCAGAAGAAGCUGGAUUGAGCACCUUCAGUUUUGAUAUGUCCUCAUUGGGAAAGGCUUUGUCAAGGCAGACCACAGUUGGCACCAAUCUUCCUUUGAGACAGAUAGACGGCUUGAAGGGUCGAGUACAAGAUGAUCCUUAUCCGCCUGUGCGCGCUCCACCUUCGGUAUGGACACGAGAGUUCUCUGAGAUUGUGUCGAUUGCAGUCAGGGAGCAAAGGAUCACGCCGAGAAUGUUGAAGAUGUCGGCGGAGCAGUGGAAAGAGCAUGUUCGGAAGGGUCACUUACCGUUCAGGUCGGACUGCAUGACCUGCGUAACUGCAGGAGCCACGGGACGGCGACACUCUCGGGUGGAGCACCCUAGUUGUUUUGUGCUAUCUGCUGAUGUCAGUGGGCCUUUGAAAAUUCCUGGGCUUGAUGCAGAUGCGCGUGGAGCCUUUCCGAAGCCGCACAAGUACAUGUUUGUGGCAAAGCUCAAGGUCCCAAGAACUUUCAUUGAUGAUGGAAGAGGCAUAGCUGUUGAUGUUGAUCCAGGUGAACUCGAAGCAGAUCUUCCACCUGAGGAAGGCUCGUUCGACUUUGAGGAGUUGAAGCCGGAGGAGGUUGAAGAUGAAUCUAAGAAAGUUCUGGGUGACAUUGGUGGUGCUGAUGAAGUUCCUGAAGGGGAUGCUGAAGAGAUAGACGAUGAAGACGAUCCUCAGCCUCCAGCGCCAGAUCCAGGUGAAGCCCUUGAUGUUACAGGUCCGGAUACUGUGAACCUUGUGUUUGCAACGGCUAUGAUUGACAACAAAGGGGCUACGGUGUUGGAAGCCAUUCAGGAUGUGGUGAUGUACUGCUGGUCCCUUAACAUCCCUAUUGUGAGAUUCCACUGCGAUCGAGGAAUGGAGUUCUAUGCGAAAGCUACAAGACAGUGGGUCAAAUACCAUGGGAUGAGAUUCACUACCAGUGAAGGGGGUUUGCACCAGCAGAAUGGCAUGGUGGAGAAUGCAGUUCGCUAUAUCAAGCAGAGAGCGAGGACGCUACUCAUCGGUGCCAAGUUACCUCAGCGUCUAUGGCCUCAAGCAAUCACGAUGGCGGCGUCUAUGCAAAGGGCCUCAGUCUUGGGAAUGGAAACUAGAUUGGCGGCUCCUUUCGGGGCCAAAGUGCUGGUUAGACGCAGGGAAUACGGUGGGACUGCAGAGCCGGGAAAACCAGAUGAUCUCGCGCCAAGGUGGCUUGAAGGUAGAUAUUUGGGACUUUCUGAAACAGUUCGUCGUGGACAUUUGGUCUACUUGUCGGGUGAUGAUGGGGAGAAGUUUAUCCACACAGUGAAUGUACGUGUUGGCCUGGAAGAUCAACCGCCUCCUGGACCAGAAGUUGAAGCUGAUCUUCCUGGACCACCAAGCAGGCGACUUCGAGGUAAAGCCAGUGGAAGCGGGGAUGUGGUGUCGGUUUCCAAGGCUGAAACGGUGGUUGGAAGUGAAGAGUUGAAGCUCAGAGCUCAGAAGCUACUGGAAGAAUGGUCCCAGGAGGAGGCGGAGAAGCUGUUGAUCCAUGUUGCACUCAGUUUGAACCCUAAUGAUCGGGUGUUUGGUGUAUUUAGACAUGGAGGUCGAGUCGGCUUGACCAAGGCUACCUACGAUCAUCCAUGGAUAGCGGAGAUCUUCGUCAAGGCUAUGGUGGGAAGAUGCCCAGAAGCUGAGUUCUCUGCGGUGUAUGUUUCAGUAAAUACAACCCGGGAGAUCCACAUCGAUAGCAACAACCUUACUGGGAUGUCGAACUACGUGUACCCUUUGGCAAUGCCCUCCAAGGGUGGAGGUUUAUGGAUUGAGCUAGCCGACGGGGAUGUGGUUCGAGGGAAGAUUGUUGAGAUGCAGGACAAGAAAGGCCAUGGUCAUUUCGGUUGUGUUCAGCCUCUUCUACCAGGUCAUGUGGUGUCCUUCAAUCCUCAUCGUCGACAUGCUGUACUACCGUGGAAGGGACUAAGGGUGGUGUUCGUAGGAUAUACACCUGGAGUUCCCCAAAAUUUGCUGGGUCCUGAACGAGAAGUUUUGAGCAGGCUGGGAUUUCCAGUUCCAUCAGAAGUUGAGCAGUCAUCUCCGUUUGUGGCGUUGCGAGUACUUUCAGUGGGUGAGUCGGAGGAUAAGAGUCUUCUUCAGGAGGAGAUCGAGCCGCAAGAGCUUGAACAAGGCAGCGCAAUUGCUAUUUCGGAUGGCUCGGUGCUAUUUCAUGAAGUACCUCGAGGAGAAGAGUAUGGUGCUCCAGCAGAAGAUGCUUUAGUUGGAAGGACCGAGGAGUUGGACUGUUGGGAUAUGUAUCUGCCGCUUGCUGAAGGUGAUCCUCAGAAAGUUCCGAAGGCUAUGAUUGCAUCAUCAGUGGGUGUUCCGGUAGUGGCUAAGACCGAGGUCGCUUACACCAAAGGUAUUGAAGUUCUGUUGAGCAAUCUGCAAAGCCCUUUGACAAUCGUUCAUACAGUUGAUCCAGCAGAAGCAGCAGCUUCGUUUAAGGAGUGGGUCAAGCCGGCGGAGAAGGAGAUUUCGUCGUUUGACAAGGCGGCGAAGAAGGUCCUCAGCAGUGAUCCGCAGAUCAUUGCAGAUCUUAGAAGUGGAAAGGCGAAGAUUGUGCCAAUGAAGGUUGUGUACACCGUAAAGCCACCGUCUGAAGAAGCAGCGCUGGAAGGGCAACUUUACCGCCGCAAGGUACGGAUCGUUGCAUGUGGCAACAUGAUGGCAGAAAGUGGGGAAGACACCUACGCCGCUGCAGCCCCAGCGGAAGUGGUUCGAUCUUCUUUGUCGGUGGCAAGUAUGUACAACUGGGAUGCUGCAGUACUGGACGUUACAGCGGCGUUUCUACAGACUCCGCUAAGUGAGGUGCGAUGUCAGCAAAGGAUCCUUGGGCAGCCUCCCAGAGCAUUGGUUCGAGCGGGACUAUGUGGUGAAAAAGAACUGUGGGAGUUUACUCAUGCAGUUUAUGGGCUCCGGGAGUCUCCCCGUUGGUGGGGGGAGUUCAGAGACAGCCAAAUGGCCCAGCUCAAUAUUGUGGUUGGGUCCAAGAGGAUCCAGCUUCUUCAAUGUCGAGUUGAAGGGAGUUGGUGGAGGCUGGUCGAUGAUCGAGCGUUGGUUGGACUGGUUGUCAUCUACGUCGACGACUUACUUAUCUGCUCUACCCCUACGAUCAUAAAGGCUGUGUCGGAUGCAGUAAAGUCUCUUUGGGAAACAAGCUCUUUGUCAUGGGCAUCAGAAGGGGGAAUCCGUUUCUUGGGCAUAGAAAUCUCCAAGGUCGAAGGCGGCUUUGCGUUGAACCAGGAGCCGUAUAUCAAGGAGCUCACACGGAUUCAUUCCAUUGCAGUGACCCAGCGAGACUUAGUGCCGGUCUCAAAAGAGAUGUCAAGCUUUACUGCAGAAUCUGAUGAAGCAGUAUUCACAACCAGUGAGCUCCGCGAGGCACAGCAGGUUGCCGGUGAAGUGUUGUGGGUGUCGCAGAGGACGCGACCAGACAUCGCGUAUGUAGCCAGUCUCAUCAGCUCCUUAUCGGCACGUUGGCUAUUAACACUGGGUUCAGCGCCAAUCAACUGGAGAUCGGCGCGGCAAAGUACGAUCACUUUGUCGACUGCAGAAAGUGAGCUUGGUGCCAGCGUGGAGGGAGCUUUGGCACUUAUCUCGGCAGAAGCACUGUUAUCAGAACUGGACUUAGAUAUGGCACAGUCGAGAUUGCGCACAGACAGUACCAGUUCCCUCGCAAUACAGCGUGGUUCAGGAUCUUGGCGUACUCGUCACUUACGCAUCAAGGCAGGUUGGAUCUGCGAAAGAUUGGAGGCCGGGGAUUUAGAAUUGGAACAUUGGCCUGGAGAACGACAACUAGCCGAUAUUCUUACGAAGCCGUUGUCCUCUAUGCGGAUAAGGCAGUUGUCUCAGCUGAUGGGAUUGAUGAGCUUGGAGGAGAUCGCGGAAUAUGUCAAUCUGGAGCAGGUUGAGGAGAUUGCAGAGGAUCCGAGAUACAACCACAGUGAGGACGGAGGAUUUGCGAAUAUUGUGUUCGUCAUCGUGGACGGAAUCCUCAGUCCAUCAGCACGCCAAGAGUCGAACCUCCUGAGGUGGGACCUACCUAGUUCAACCUCACACGAGCAAUUCCUAGGUCCGUCACCUGCAGAGCGAGGAGACAUGGAGCCCAAGAGCGCAGUGGAGCGAUACAUGGCCAAUGCCCGAGAUGUUUCAGAGCCAGAUUUCGUCGAAGCGGCGGAGCAAGGCUUCAAGGGCUGGUAUAACACCAACGAUGCUAUUCAUAUUCAACCGUGUGUGCGCAUGUUGGGAAGUGUUGCGGGGAGUACCGAUGCACCUGACGGGGCAAUGCCAAUGGUGCGCCCGGCUUCUGGCAUCGACGCCCCACCUCCGCCACCAGUGCCUCCUCCGCCGCCAGAAGGGGGGGAUCAGAGCUGCCAUUUCCCAAUGCCGAUGACGCUACCGGCGUUUCUUUCGGAGGUGCAGCCCCCGCGCUCGAUGUCUAAGACGUCAAAGCAGCUGAAUACCCAGCUGGAGCCCGAACUCCUCCGCGCAGUGCCGCUUGACGUGGCCCUGGCCGGCUGGGGCAAACACUGGGAGACACCAGACAGUGGCAUGUUCAAUGUGGAUCCGAAGAACUAUACUCUGAGUCGACCAUGUGAAUCCUUAGACGUUUUCCUUAGCCAUGACUGGGCCUCGGGUGGAAAGCAAAAGCUCUUGUCGCUGCUCAUCGUCUACAACUCACGUGCUGCUUUCCUGACAUGCCUUGUGGUCAGCGUCCUCAUUGGAGUGCUGCGUGGCUGCAAGGUGCUGCCGGAUGAGGGCUGGACCGUGGUGCUCGGUCAUGGCACCUAUCUGUUCGUCUUCGCCUUCUGGCAGCGCUUGCGAACAUUCGCCUAUCGACCUUUGAUGGUAUUCCUGGACAAGCUGUGUGUGGCGCAGCAUGACGAAGAAUUGAAGCAGAAAGGCAUAAUGGGGAUCGCUGCCUUUCUGCUGAGCUCCCGGCAGCUCAUGGUUCUGUUGACACCACGGUACUUGCGGCGGAGAAGCAUCCAAUUCAUGCCCUUGAAAACAGCGGUUCUGCUGCUUCUGGCUUCCGCAUGUUGGUUUGUUUUGGCCAUCGGCUGGAACGUCUUUUCCGGAGCUGUCAGACCUGGCAUCCUGCGAUCUGCAGAGACUGGAGAGGCGUGGAACCACGCACUGUUUUUGACAGCGAUGAUGCUCCUCCUCACGAGUUUUGUGCUUCCCUUUGUGUUCUACUUGGGCAUGGUUCUCGUUGCGGAUUUGCAAGAGAUUCCUCGUCAAUUGGCAGUAUUCCGUCUGGAGGACGCGGAGUGCUUCUGCUGCUCCAAUAACCACCGGCACCCGCACAACGGAUCUAGGCUGCCAUGUGACCGGCAGCUGGUAUACAACACUUUGAAGCAGUGGUACGACGAGGUGGAAAGUGAAGCUGACCACUUGGAAACAUUCAGCAGGAUGGUCCGUGACGAGUUAGCUCCCAGCAUCGCACUGCUGGUUGGUGGCUUGACAUUGCCGUUUCACUAUGCCGUGUUCACCGUUGGUGCGAGCAACCUACCUUACCUCGCAGAUCACGUUGCGCUGUUGUUUGGCACCGUGCGCGCAGGCGUCUCUAGCUAUUCUCUUUUCGUCGGGACUUUGCGGCAAGCCGUUGACUGGGGGACGGUACCAUUGGCCAGCAUGUUGGCUGUGUGGAUCUCCCCUCCUCUGUGGAAGGCAGGCCUUCGGCUGCGAAAUCGAUGGUGCGCCGCAAUAGUGACGCAAGCCGUUGUUUUUUUUGUCGUUGCCAUGGUGUGGGCUCCUGUGCAAGUCGUCCUAGGCUUGACCCAACAGGAUGACUUGCUUCCUGUGGCAGUGUUCCUCUUCUGGCUAGCACUACUCCUGACGCUCCAUUCCCCCGCAUGGGGGAAAAAGUGGUUGGCUUGGGCUUUGGGUGAUAAACUCCGCGAACCUAUGCAACAAGCGCCAACUGCAGCCAAGGAGGGUUUUGCUUUGGAUGCCACCAUGCAAGACAAGACAGUGAAUGCUGAGGUAGACAUGUGUCAAGAAGCGGUAAUGCCAGAAAAGCUGGCAACAGCCGUAGAAUGCUUUCCUUCAGAAGGGACCGUCUCCAUAUGUUCUUCUGCGGUCUUCAUUCCCAAGCGUGGACAAACCAGGCGAGCUCCGCCUCUUCAGCAACCGCCGCCGCAGAAAGUCUUCGAGAAACCGAGACUUGAAAUCUCCAUCCCUGAGUCAGAGUCCGAUCUCCACACCUAUCCCGCGGAGGCCGUGCAGGUGCGGAACACCUUCAUCCACGUGGCAGCAGAGGCUGGUGCAGAGAGUGAUCGACUUGCUUUGUCCUGCCCUUCGAGCCAAGUCGGCAAGAUUCACGAUCUGUUCACAGAGGAAUUCCAGGAAACUGCAGUCAAGCCCGUCUUGAACUUGGAGGAGGCGCUUUUCGAACCCCGUGUGACCGUGCCGGAACCACCGAGGGCCCCUCUGGCCCCGAUUGGGCCAAGUGAGCCGCAGGACUUUGCUGAAACUACGAUCCGCCCCACUUCGGUGCCGAGUUCCUACGCUUACAGCGGCCGGUACUCCCCUGCCCAUGGCGGCGCAGGAAGACGCUGUACGGAGCGGUACAGCGACAGCUUCUCAGACCUCUACCCCGACACGUACCCAGAGCGGUAUGUGGGGAGAUACCAAGAUCGUUACACCGAGCCCUACCCCGAUCGCGGAGCGGGUCCCUACGCGGAGCAAUACCCGAUGCCCCUACCAGAGCGGUACAGCAAAAGGUAUGCCGACCCAUACCAGGAACAGCACAUCCAGGUUUCCUACAACCGGUAUGACAGACCAUAUGACCGGCAAUAUGAGAAGUUUCCAGAGCGGUAUGUGGUGCAGUAUCCCGAGCGUCCCGUUGAGUAUCCGGAGCCCUGUGGGGAGCGGUACAAUGCUCAUCAAUCGAGCUCCCUUUUUACCGACCCGCGAAACUCGCGACCAGAGAUGCCACCUCUGCCGCAGCAGAUGCCUCCACCGCCCCCUUCGGUGCAAACGCCUCCCCCGCCGUUGCCACCGCCACCCCCGGCGCCCAAGAAGAGCCGCUCCAGGGAGGCUCCGGUGGUGUCUCUUGGGUCCAUGCCGGAGCAUCUCCUGGGCACAGCUGAGUAUCCCAGUGCUGGCUCCCGGGAUCAUCGAGUUGGUGGGUGCAAGCCAUGCGCCUUCCUCGUCAAAGGCUGCCAAAAUGGCAUCAUGUGCAAGUUUUGCCACCUGUGCGAUGCUGGCGAAAAGAAGCGCCGGCAAAAGGCGAAAAAAGCUGCCUUCAAAGCGGUGCAGAGGCCAGAGACGAUAUCAUUGUACACGAAGUGA